AUGACCGUCACUGAGAUUACGAGCGAGUCGCACUUUAACGAGCUGACGACCUCGCUACCUCCAGCUACACCUAUUACGAUCUCCUUCCACACACCAUGGGCGGCGCCAUGCACGCAGAUGAACGCAGUCUUUGCCUACCUCUCCGACCAAUUCCCAAACGUCUCCUUCCUCUCUGUCGACGCCGAGGCAUUGCCCGAGAUCUCCGAGACCUUUGAUGUCUCCGCCGUCCCGUUCUUUGUCUUUGUCAAGCACGGAAAAGUCAUCCGCGAGCUCUCCGGCGCCGAUCCGAAAGAGCUCUCGACCGCAAUCCAGGAACUCGCAGGAUCGAGCUCGACGACCUCGUCAUCAUUCCCAUCCUCAACCGCAUCCUCCACCGCUCCCUCCACCACAUCCGCAAACAACUCUACAUCCACCACAGCCUCAAACUCUGCAUCUACACAGUCACAGCCAAGUCGGGAACUGAGCUCGGAAGAAGAUCUCAACGAGCGAUUGAAGAAACUGGUCUCCGCCGCCCCCGUCAUGCUUUUUAUGAAGGGAACGCCUGCUGCUCCGCAGUGCGGUUUCAGUCGGCAGCUGGUCGGAAUCCUACGAGAGCAUCAGGUUAGAUUCGGCUUCUUUGACAUAUUAAAAGACGACGCAGUCCGCCAAGGUCUCAAGAAAUACAGCGACUGGCCGACUUUCCCGCAGCUCUACGUCAACGGCGAACUCCAGGGCGGUCUUGAUAUCGUCAAAGAGACUCUUGCGGAUGACCCUGAGUUCUUCAAGAACCUCAACACGGCCGCAUAA